UAAGGGUAGUUUAUAUGAAAAAUGGCAUAAAUCAUAAUCUUGUAUAUAAGACAAAAUAAACACCGGUUAGGUGAUAACUGUUUAAGCUUGUAUAGAUAAUAGCAGAAGUCAGUAUACAGAAUAAUUUUAGUUUAUUGAUAGUAUAUUUAUUUAUUCUCAGAUUUUAACUGUAUAAUAUUUUGCAUAUUUUGUUACAGACACAGUAUCUUUUUUUUAGAAAGAAUGGCCCGUAUUAUUGCACAUGAUAUAAGUAAAAAGCCACGCACAAAGGAUAUUAAAAUACAAGAAGAUGUCACAUUUUUUCAAAUGGGUUUUUCUCAGAAACUAUUAGAUGGAUUAGCUAAUUGUGGCUUUCUAAAGCCUUCACCAAUCCAGUUAAAAGCUAUUCCAUUAGGACUGUGUGGUUUUGAUUUAAUAAUGCGUGCUAAGUCUGGAACAGGAAAAACUUUAGUAUUUUCCAUCAUAGCACUUGAAAUGCUUGAUGUGGAAGUAUUAUCUGUACAAGCAUUAAUAUUAGCACCUACUAGAGAAAUUGCUGUACAAAUUUCAGAAGUUUUUUCAUCUGUAGGUUCUGAAAUAAAAGGUUUAAAAGUUCAAGUAUUUAUAGGAGGAAUACCUAUAGAUAAUGAUAAAAAGAAGUUAAAUAAUUGUCAUGUAGCUGUUGGUGCUCCAGGUAGAAUCAGACAUUUAAUUGAUAAAGGGCUUUUAAAUGUUGAAAAUGUUAGGUUGUUUGUUCUUGAUGAAGCAGACAAAUUAAUGGAAACCAGUUUUCAAAAAGAUAUUAAUUAUAUUUUUUCAAAAUUGCCAUUAAAUAAACAAGUUAUAGCAUCCAGUGCUACUUAUUUUGGAGAUUUGGAAACCUUUUUACAAACGUAUAUGUGUUCUCCAAUUGUAACAUCCCCAGAUAAUGAUGAACCAAUCCUUGCUGGACUCAAACAGUUCGUAACAGUUGUUCCUUUUCAUCCAAAUGCUAUGAGACAGGUCCAAAUAAAAGUAGAUGAACUUGUAAAAAUAUUUAACACUGUUCCAUUUAAACAAAGCUUAGUUUUUUCAAAUUAUCAGUCAAGGGCUCAAUCAGUAUGUAACAAAAUUAAUUCAAUGGGUUUUAGUGCAACUUAUAUAGCUGGAAAUCAAGAUAUGACAAAAAGACUUGAUGCGAUUAAUAAAUUAAAAACUUUUAAAUGUAGAAUAAUGAUAACAACUGAUUUAACUGCAAGAGGUAUAGAUGCAGAUAAUGUGAAUUUAGUAGUAAAUCUUGAUGUACCCACAGAUGGUCCAACAUAUUUACAUAGAAUAGGAAGAGCUGGACGUUAUGGAUCUUAUGGUAUUUCUAUAACAAUAGUUGGCGAAAAUGAAGUUGAAACAUUUAGAGAAUUGUUAAAUUCUGUUGGUGGACCAAAUUUUUAUGUACUAAAACUUCCUGUAUCCUAUCCAAAUGACAUAUGGAGUACUUCCGAUACAUUGUUUGAAAAGCUGCAUGCAAGAUCUGAUGUUAACGAAAAUCAGUUUGAAAUUAAAUUUGAGGUUAACAGUACAAAUGAUUUACCUCCGGGUGCUGUUUACAGAGAAUUACAAAAUAACAUACAUGUAGAAGAUAGUGCAAGUACCGUUGAUAUAAAUAAGGAAAAUACAGAUAAUACGGACAGUACAGACAAAAAUGUUAAUAAUAUUCAGAAAAAUGCCUUUAAUUUAAAAGCUUCAUCUAAAUCUGGUAGAAUAAAAGUCAGCUCCUUAUUUGCACAAAACGUUAAUAAACUUAACGAAUCUGAAGAAAUUAAAGUCAAUAAGGAAGAUACCACAACUACAAAGUCAUACAGUUCAUCUAAACCUAAAGUUAUACACAAUUUUAAAUUAAACUUUGAAUCAAAUAAUUUAUCUACAUGGGAAAAAGGUAAUAAAGAUACAUUAUUUAAAGUUGAUUUGACUGAUGUCCAAGAAGAUAAUUUAUGCAGUUCUGAUAUUGACAUUAUUACCGAACAUUUGGAGUACAACCGUUACGAUAAAAUUUUAAAAGAAAGUUCUUCACGUGAAAAUGAUACAAAGCUUCCUUCACAUUUUGAAAAUAUGAUUUCUAAAAAUGACAUAGAAAAACCAAUAACUUCAGCAUGGGAAGAUAAUAAUGUUACAGUUUCAAACGAGAUACAAUAUUCUACAGAUGUUUACUGUUUAAAGGAAUUGAAACAUUAUGUCUCAGAACAAAUGGAACGUUUUAGCAAAUCUGAAAAUGGGUUACCUUCAAAUGAUGAAGAGACAUUAAUAAACGAAGCACUUGGAUGGAAACAAAAACUUGAAUUUGAAAUUAAAUUAUUAGAUACUACAAUGGAACUCAUGAAAGAAUCCGUUCAAAAAUUAGUGUAUCAAGAACAUAUUGAUAUGCUCAGAAUAUUUUACAAAAUACAGAAGCAUGCUAUUUUAUGUGUUUAUCCCGAAAUACGAAGCGAUGAUGAAAUAGAUGAUACUUAUUUGUAUUUUGGAAGUCCUUCAGGUGAAAAUUUAUUAACAAUGUUUAAAGAAAUAGAGGAUUUUAAAAGUUCUUAUCGAAUUCCUGAACAAAAAUUGAAUGCAUAUUUUCCAUAUCCGGUUGAAAAAGAUUCAUAUAUGCCAAAUCUUAUGAUAUUAAAAACAGAUUUAGAUAAUUAUCGUAAUUCGUUGCAAUAUUUGAACUCAGAUCCGUACCCUAGAGAGAAGUUAUUGCAAAUACUAAAUUAUGUAGCGUUUAUUAGUGAAAUUAAAAAACAUAACUUGAUAAAAAAGUUAAAAGCUCCGAGUUUAUCAUUUAAUGCAUUGCUAGCAACAAUCAAAGUUGAGUUAGGCAAGGAAUCAAUUGAAAAAGAAGGUCAAUUUACGGAUGAGAAUACAAGAGAUAUCGUGCAAGAUGAGUUACAUGCACAAAGUCACACUAACAUUCAAAAUGUAAAAAGCAUGAACGAGAAGAACAUAACUACAAAUGCAGAUGAGCAAAAUGAAAUAAGUGAAGAAUAUGAUUCUAAUAAUUCAUUAACAAAUUCAGUACAGAAUGAUUAUAGUAAAAUACAAGAAUUAGCAUGUCACAGGCUGCAAAACAACACAUGUACUACUUCAAGUGAGAGUGAUGGUUUUCAGGAACAUAAAAUGAAUAGAAAGGUAUAUUCAAAAAGUAAAUUUCAUAGAUGCAAAAAGAAUGAAACACAAGUGAAUCCUGUUAAAGAAACAGAAAAAUCUUCAUACAAAAUUUCAACAAAUAAUAAUCUUGAUGAUGUUGAUAGAUUAUGCGAUAAUACUGAUUCAUAUGAAAAAAAAUCAAACGCAGAGUUAAAUUCAUAUGCAGGUAAUAGACAAAGUAGCAAGCAUAAACAUAAAUCGGAAUCUUGUACACAUGGUACAUUGAACAGCUAUAAAUCUGUUUCUGCGCGUUCAACAAGAAAGGUGAAAUCCCACAAGCAUUUGGAUGAUGAACAUUUAAAGGAUUUAACUAAUGUAUAUAAUACUGAUUAUGCACAGCAAUCCAAACAAGGUGAACCUCUAAAUCCACAAUAUCAUAUUCCUUUAUAUAAUUACAUAUAUAAUAUUCCUUCUUCUUCUCAAAUAAAAAACUAUACAUACUUUCCUAGUAACUUUUAUCCAGAAAAUAAAACUAACUUCUAUUAUCCCUUAGAUAAAAAUGUUAAUAAAUGUGAUACAAAUAUUGAUCAGUUUUUAUCAUCCUUAAGAGCUGAGACUGAUCUGUUACAUUUAGAACUUUAUACGUCGGAAAUGCUCUCUAAUUGGACAAAAGAUUAUAAUUAAAGCUGAUAGUAUAAGGUAAAUUUAAGUUAUAAUUUUAAAUUAAUAAUGUUGAAUAGUUCCUAUGGUGAAAUUUAAUUAAACUUUUUACAAUAUGUAUAAUAUUCAAUUUGUGACUGUCAAUUAAUUUUUGAUUAACGAUUCGUCGUAAUUAAAGAUUAGCAGUGUACAUUUGUAAUGAUAUAAAUAGUGCUAGAAUGUUUUAAUAUUAUAAAUGUGUAUAGGUUUGCGUUUUGUAAUAAAAAUUUGUAUAAAACCUGUUAUAUUGGGUCUUUUCCAUAAAAAAGUUAGUUUUUGUAGUA